AUGACGGUCCCCACCACGGAUGCGCAGGGCUUAACCCAGUUCAAAGAGCCAUUCACCUUUGAUUCGGUGCUUGGCUUGCUCAGCAAGGUGCCGUUUUCCACGCCCUUCCUCGCGCUCCUCCCGGCACUGGCGGUCUUGUACCACAAGCACACGAACCCGGCUGUUGUGCUUCCCACCACGCACACGGACGCGCUCGCGCUCGUCCGAUCGCUGCUCUUCUCGCAGCACAGAUGGCUGGGCUAUCUCUGGAUCUUUAUCCUGAUCCGAACCAUCAACCGCGGUCUGAACCGAUACGUUCGAAACCACAAAGAGUGGAGACGCGAUCCGAUCGACUACACCAAAGAUGUGGUGGUCAUCACUGGAGGAUCUCAGGGUAUCGGCAAGGAGAUUGUUCAGCUGCUGAGUCACAAGAAGCAUGCGUCGAUCGCGGUGCUCGAUAUGGCACCACCUGCGUACGUUAAAGCACCUGCUGGAGCGCCCGAGAUUGUGUACUUCAAGACCGACGUUAGCAAUCGCGAACAGGUCGGCGAGGUGGGCGCCAAGAUUCGAGCCGCUUUUCCAGGAAAAAAAAUUGGCGUCCUGAUCAACUGUGCUGGUGUAGCUUCGGGAAACACGAUUCUGGAUGUCGAUCUCGAGUCAGCGGCGCGGCUGUGGCGUAUCAACACGCUUGCCAAUUGGAUUACCGCCAAGGAGUUUGCGCCCGAUCUGAUUGCGCGUAAUCACGGCCAUGUCGUGACGGUUUCAUCGGCAGGCGCCUAUGCGACGCUUCCGUCCAUGUCUGAGUAUGCGACGUCCAAGGCGGCAGCAUUGGCAUUCCACGAGUGUCUAGCUAUCGAGUUUCGAACGCGCUACAAUGCUCCGCGCGUUCGCACUACUCUGGUCGCCCCCACCAAGGUGCGAACUGCACUUGGUGACGGUAUGGAAGAUCACGCAGAUCCCUUCUUUACUCCGGUCCUGGAACCUGUCCAGGUGGCUGAAAAGGUGGUUUGGUCUCUCGACUCGGGUCUUUCGCAACACCUUCUGCUCCCCGGUUUCGCCAAUCUGCUCCCCUGGAUCCGUGCUUUGCCCGACUGGUUCCGUCGUCUCCUCGCAAUCCUCGACAACAGCGACAACACCGUCACCCACAAAAGCAUGGCUAGAGCCUUGAAAAACGGCUACGGCAGCAACUGGGAAGGCUCCGACAAAGAGCUUCACGAACGAAGGCUCAAACUCCUGGCCCAGCAAUCUGCACCAAAGUAA